AUGCUGAUUCUUUCGGUAAUGGUCGCUCUUCUGAGUGCGAGCCAUGUGCAAGCCAAGGCGGUCUUUGCUCAUUUCAUGGUACGUUAUCUUGGUCAGAACACGAUAUUCAUAUCAAUGCUGAAAUACCACUUAGNNGUAGGGAACGUCAAUUCGUGGGGCACAUCGGACUGGCAGAAAGACAUUCGUCUAGCCCAGGACUCCCACAUUGAUGCCUUCGCUCUGAACAUCGCGAACAACGGCGGCUACGCCGGCCAGGUCGCCAAUGCAUUCUCCGCAGCCAACUCACUUGGUUUCAAACUCUUCUUCUCCUUCGACUACGCCGCUCAGGGAGCAUUCGCACAGCAGGAUGUCAUCAAUCUGAUCAACCAAUAUCGUUCCAACGGUGCAUACUACCAAUACAAUGGCAAGCCAUUUGUGUCUACUUUCGAAGGCCCCGGAAGCUCUGGUGACUGGAGCACGAUCAAGUCUCAGACCGGAUGCUUCUUUAUUCCCGACUGGUCGUCAUUAGGCGCUCAAGCUGCUGUCAGUCGUGGCGUUGUGGAUGGUCUUUUCAGUUGGGAAGCAUGGCCUUCAGGUCCAAACGACAUGACCACAAAACCAGAUGACUCUUAUAAGAGCGCUCUGGGUGGCAAGCCCUAUAUGAUGCCUGUUUCCCCAUGGUUCUACACCAACCUGCCUGGUUAUAGCAAGAACUGGCUGUGGCGCGGCGAUGAUCUAUGGUUUGACCGCUGGAACCAGGUCAUGUCUGUGCAACCAGACUUUGUCGAGAUCUUGACAUGGAACGAUUGGGGCGAGUCGCACUACAUUGCUCCUUUGGACAAUAGACAAUGGGGUCUGUUUGGUGCUGGCAAUGGCAACGCGCCUUACAACUACGCUGAAGGCAUGCCUCAUGAUGGGUGGCGACAGUUCCUCCCCUAUGUUAUCGACAUGUACAAGAACGGUAAGGCAUCCAUCUCGACAGAAGGUCUCGUUGCAUGGUAUAGAAAAUCACCGGGCUCGGCGUGCUCCAGUGGAGGCACUACCGGCAACUCGGCGAGCCAAGGUCAGCAAGAAUACCCACCGACCCAAGUCGCGCAAGACAAGGUUUUCUUCUCUGCACUGCUUACAUCAUCCGCCGACGUGGUCGUCAGUAUCGGCGGUACGACCCAAACUGGAGCCUGGGAGAACACUCCAAGUGGUGGUUCUGGCAUAUACCACGGUAGCGUGCCGUUCAACGGUCGCGGUGCUGUGAGCGUCAAGAUCUCCAGGAACGGAAAAGUCAUUAUGCAAAUGGAUGGAGAUCCAAUCUCAGACAGCUGUACCAACGGGAUUGAGAACUGGAACGCUUGGGUAGGCAGUGCUAGUGCCAGUUCUGCAGGCUCUGGAUCUGGCAGUGGGUCCAGCUCAUCUUCCAGCAAGGUUUCCUCCACUCUCAAAACCUCUACUACCGCCCCUGCUUCCUCACCCACCAGUAGUAGUGGCUCUUAUUGUAUUGCUGGUACCGGAAAUGGCAACCUAGCCGGUCUCUGCAGUUUCUCUUGUAAUUAUGGAUUCUGUCCUUCGAACGCUUGUACCUGUACGCAGAGAGGACGUCAGGUCNACCCUCCUGCCGUGUCCAACACACUCGGUUUCCCUGUCGCGGGUCAAGAUGUCGCUCUCUACAGUGGUCUUUGCGAGUUCACCUGCAGUCACGGCUAUUGCCCUUCAGGCGCUUGCACCUCCGAUCCUUCCAAGGCAGCAAAUGGCGAUGGCUCCUUCUGCACCGGCGGCACAGGAAGCGGAAACUUGGCAGGGCUUUGCAGUUUCUCUUGCAACUAUGGAUUCUGCCCCAGCAAUGCUUGCACUUGCACUCAAAAAGGAAGCCAGAUCAAUCCUCCUGCUGCCUCCAACACUCUUGGGUUCCCGGUCGCUGGCCAGAACGUGGCACAGUACAGCGGUCUUUGCGAGUUUGCUUGCAGUCAUGGCUACUGUCCUUCGGGCGCCUGCACUUCUGAUCCUGCUAAAUCGGCUUAA